AUGGUGCGCGCAAUGACCACCCUGAAGCCACAGCUUGUGAGAGCUGAUACUCUCGACUUACAAGAUCACGAUGCGCCCUCCGCCAAGGACCAUACACGACAACCAGCACACCCUUCUCCAUAUGGUUUCGGACCAGCCGCGCCGCAUCAAGCACAAACAUUAAGACACGCCGAGGAAGAGGCUUUUCAACAGCAACAUGUUAGCCCUCGGGCGUCGGAAGAUGGGCCCGAUGGUGGAUAUUUGCCCGAUCAACAUUUCUACGAUGACCUGGAGGACGAGCGAGACGACGAUCACAUCACAUCCCAAAAUGGAGCCAUCGGAAAUGGAUACCACCCAGAGGACCUGGAUGACGGAGAAGGCGGUGACUCCCAGGAUGAGGACUUGGAUGACGAUCUUAUGGACAAAAUCUCCAGUUCACCGUCAAUCGAAGAUGAGGAUAUCGACUUCGAGUUUGUGUAUGCCCUGCAUACCUUUGUCGCAACCGUUGAAGGUCAAGCCAAUGCAACGAAAGGUGACACCAUGGUGUUGCUUGACGACAGUAACAGUUACUGGUGGCUUGUACGAGUCGUCAAAGAUGGGAGCAUUGGCUACCUACCAGCGGAGCAUAUUGAGACACCCACGGAACGACUGGCUCGUUUGAACAAACACCGAAAUGUUGACUUGUCUGCGUCUAUGCUUGGCGACAAUCCCGAAAAGUCCAAGAAUCCUUUGAAAAAGGCCAUGCGCAGGAGAAAUGCGAAGACGGUCCAAUUCGCCCCACCUACGUACUAUGAACCGGGCGACUACGAUUUCUCUGAUGAAGACGAGGAGGACGAGGAGAGUCAGCUCGAACAUACCGGUCUAGACACUUCUGACGAGGGCGAUAUCGCCGAGGACCAGGAACUUGCAGCCUCUGCAGAGCAGGAAUCUCAAGAACAGCGUCAAGGCGUCACUGUAAACGGUGUUCAACGGACGGCUAGUAAGGAUAGCUUGAGGGACGAGUCGUUAACGAGCCCCACGAAGUCACAAGAUCCGAAUACCGGCCCAGAGCAGUCACAAUCAGAGGAUUCCACGCAACGCUCACGAAAAGGCGUGGUCAGGAACACGGACUCUUUCUUUAGAGAUGACACGGUCGAGACCAAGAAGAUUUCUUUGACCCCACGACUAUUACGAGGCGACUCAGACACUGCUGAUACAACAGAUGGAGAGAUCCGCCAACGGCCAAGUUUGGAAACCUUCGAUAAGGUUGUCGGGAUCGAUGACAAGGCUAAAGAAAAGGACAAAGAUAAGGAUAAGAAGAAAGAAAAGAAGGGCAUGCUCAGUGGUCUCUUCAAGAGGAAGAAGGGGUCUGUGGUCGAAGAGGGCGAACGAGUGGUGGAAGAUGCUCGACCAGCGCCGCAAUCGAAAGAAUCAAUGGAGUCGCUGUCCAACAAGUCAGAAGUCGGUCCAGAAAGGAAGCCGAGUAAACUGCAAAAGACACCUCCACCAACUUCACCCAAAGCUGCUGCCGCCACGGAUUCGAGAGUUCAACAACGAGACACAGCUACAACGACACCCGCCACCAAGGCUGGAAUACCUCCUGCACCGACAGAGCCUGCGCCUGCACCACCAACGACGGUACGUAAAGUAGAGGCCGAACCCCCGCUGGCGGAAGAACAGGCCGGCGAUGAGCGGGUGGAGUCUCCGACAUCCACUCAAGUCAACAGGUUCCCUUCUCUCACCGAAAAGAGAACCAUCUUCUCGUCUAUUACCACAGCACUGAAGCCUGCCCCUACCACGAGUACGGAUGCCGGGUUUGGCGUGAAGCCGACCUACUCAAAGAGAGCCAAGGAGCGGUUUGCAAUCGACGACAGCGAGUCUGACGCAGAAGAUGUCACUCCUAAGGCUGAAGAUCAGGAACGGCGGAGUGUCUCACCAGUCACGAACGUGCAAGUGUUACAACCCAGGUCUGAUUCCGCCAUGCAAGUUUCACCCAUCGAACCUUCAACACCGAACAAAUUUGGAGACUACGGACAUUCGGCGAUUCAAUCUACGACUCUGCCAUCCUCUCCUCCACCACUGGAUUCCAAUCCAACGGAUUCGGAAGGCACCGUCAGCACUUCGAAACCGUCCCCGUCCAGUGCUACUCAUACUCCCUCAACAUCGAGGUCUACUCCGACAUGGUCAGACGCUUCACUUCGAACAUACAUGGAGAAUGAUCAAGACAUCAAGGAUCUUCUCAUCAUUGUGUAUGAUAAGUCGAACGUCGUGCCUGUAGGCCCCGAGCACCCGCUCAUGCACAACCUCUUUUCGGAUGAGCGGACCAAAUUAGCAGAAAUGCAGUCACAGUUGGAUGGCAUGUUGCUUCACUGGAUAUCCAAAAAGAACACAAAGUUACUGUCGGCCACGAUGUGA